GCCGCGGGGCCGGACAGGGGCGGGUCCAGGCGGCCGGGCGCUGCGCCCCGCGCGCGGUAGAGGUCGCUGCGCCGCGGCGCGCGCUCUCACCGCGGUGGAUAACGGGGCCGGGCCGUAGGAGAAAGGAAACCUGCCCGGGAGGCGGCGGCGGCCCGGAGCGAGCGAGGGAGGAGAGUUCACUUUUGCUCCGGUGUCAGCGCGCGGCGGCAGCAGCGGGCGCUGACGAGGGAGCACCGAGCGAGCGGGGCGCCCAUCUCGGGGCGGCCAGGGGAGGGCCGCGAGAGGCCGGAUACUAGCGCGCCGGCUGGGCGCGGAGCGGCGAGCCUGGCCAGCGAGGGGAGCCGCGGGGGGCGCGCCGCGUGCGGGCCCCCGGAACCGCGCAGGAUGCCCCACGAGGAGCAGCCGUCCCUGCAGAGACCCCGCUACGGCUCUAUUGUGGACGACGAAAGACUCUCGGCAGAGGAGAUGGAUGAGAGGAGGCGGCAGAAUAUCGCGUAUGAAUAUUUGUGCCACCUGGAGGAAGCCAAAAGGUGGAUGGAAGUCUGCUUAGUUGAAGAAUUGCCACCAACCACUGAACUGGAAGAAGGGCUCCGGAACGGAGUUUACCUUGCAAAGUUAGCCAAGUUCUUUGCCCCCAAAAUGGUAUCGGAGAAAAAGAUCUAUGAUGUGGAACAAACACGUUACAAGAAGUCGGGCCUUCAUUUUCGACACACGGAUAACACCGUCCAGUGGUUAAGAGCGAUGGAGUCUAUUGGUCUACCCAAGAUAUUUUACCCAGAAACAACAGAUGUCUAUGACCGGAAAAACAUACCAAGAAUGAUAUAUUGCAUUCACGCACUGAGUUUGUAUCUGUUCAAACUAGGAAUUGCACCCCAGAUCCAGGAUUUGUUGGGCAAAGUAGACUUCACAGAGGAGGAAAUCAGUAAUAUGAGAAAGGAGCUUGAGAAAUAUGGAAUACAGAUGCCAUCUUUCAGCAAAAUAGGUGGUAUUCUGGCUAAUGAACUGUCCGUGGAUGAAGCUGCACUACAUGCUGCAGUUAUAGCCAUUAAUGAAGCUAUUGAAAAAGGAAUAGCUGAGCAGACCAUUAUAACACUAAGAAACCCAAAUGCAGUUUUGACUUUAGUGGAUGACAACCUUGCACAGGAAUAUCAGAAGGAACUCUGGGAAGCCAAGAAGAGAAAAGAGGAAAAUGCAAGGCUGAAGAAUAACUGUAUUUCAGAAGAAGAAAGAGAUGCAUAUGAAGAAUUGCUGACACAAGCAGAAAUCCAAGGCAAUAUCAAUAAAGUCAACAGGCUGGCUGCAGUGGACCACAUCAACGCUGUUAUUCGGGAAGGUGACCCUGAAUACACACUGCUUGCACUGCAGAAACCAGAGGCCCAGCUGCCCACUGUUUAUCCCUUUGCUGGUGCAAUGUAUCAGAAUGAACUUUUCAACCUCCAGAAACAGAGCGCUAUGAACUACUUGGCCCAUGAGGAGCUCUUGAUUGCAGUGGAAAUGCUAUCUGCUGUAGCUUUACUAAACCAGGCCUUGGAGAGCAACGAUCUUGUGUCUGUGCAGAAUCAACUCAGAAGCCCAACAAUGGGCUUCAACAAUCUGGACGAGACAUACGUGGAACGUUACGCAAAUGCACUACUCUCCAUUAAACUGGAGGCCUUAUCCCAAGGGCAAGAUAGCUUAAGCUGGAAUGAAAUUCAGAAUUGUAUUGAUAUGGUUAAUAUUGAAAUUCAAGAAGAAAAUGACCGAGUUGUAGCUGUAGGGUACAUCAAUGAAGCCAUUGAUGAAAGGGAUCCUUUGAAAACCUUAGAUAGUCUGCUGCUACCCACUGCUAGGAUUAAAGAUGUGGACCCAGACUCUGCCCAGCACUACCAGGAUGUUUUAUACCAGGCUAAAACACAGAAAUUCAUGGACCCUCAAAGUGCUUCUAAAAUUCUUUGGCUGGAUGAGAUACAGCAUGCGGUCAAUGAGGCCAACAAGGACAUGGACAAAGCAAAACACUGGGUUACACUGGUCGUUGAUGUUAAUGAAUUUUUGGAGAAGGAGAAGCAAAGCGAUAUUUUGUCUGUUUUGAAGUCUGCCGUUGGUAAUACAAACGAUGUAAUGCCCGAAUGUGCUGACAGGUACUAUGACACCCUUGCGAAGGCAAAAGAGCAAAAAUCUAAAAGUGCGUCUACUGAAGGUUCGUGGCUCAAACUCAACCUGCAGGAGAAAUAUGAUUACUACUACAACAUCGAUUCAAAAGAGAGUUCCUGGGUCACACCUGAAUCCUGCUUGCUUAAGGAAUCAUGGCUCAUGGGAAAAGAAAUUGAGGACAUUAUUGAGGAAGUCACAGCAGAUUACAUUCGUGAGAAGAUGUGGUCUGCUACCGAAGAUAUGCUUCUGCGCUUUCAAGCCGCAACCUCAGGACCCCUCCUUAGGAAAGAGUAUGAAGCUAGGAAGUCAUUUUUGUAUGAACAAGAAGAGCAUGUGAUCAAAGUACAGGCUUUUUGGAAGGGACAUAAACAGCGGGCCUCUUAUAUGCACAGGAGACAAAUGUUCAUUGAUAAUAUUCCUUCUGUUGUGAAGAUUCAGUCCUGGUUCCGGAUGGUAACAGCACGAAAGAAUUACCUCUCACGACUGAAGUAUUUCAGAGAUCAUAACAAUGAAAUUGUGAAAAUACAGUCUCUAUUGAGAGCAAACAAAGCUAGAGAUGACUACAAAACAUUGGUUGGCUCUGAAAACCCGCCGUUAACAGUAAUCCGCAAAUUUGUACACCUGUUGGACCAAAGUGACUUGGAUUUCCAGGAGGCUCUGGAGGUAGCACGAUUAAGGGAAGAAGUGGUGACCAAGAUCAGAGGCAAUCAACAGCUGGAGAAAGACCUGAACCUGAUGGACAUUAAGAUUGGGCUCCUGGUAAAGAACAGGAUCACACUGGAGGAUGUAAUUUCACACAGAACAAAACUGAAUAAGAAAAAAGGUGGAGAAAUGCAAAUACUGAAUAACACUGACAACCAAGGGAUCAAAAGUUUGAGUAAGGAGAGAAGAAAAACACUGGAAACAUAUCAGCAGCUUUUUUAUCUUUUACAGACAAAUCCUUUGUACCUCGCUAAGCUGAUUUUCCAGAUGCCACAGAACAAGUCAACUAAAUUUAUGGAUACUGUUAUUUUCACCCUAUACAAUUACGCUUCCAAUCAACGGGAAGAAUAUCUACUCCUCAAGCUUUUUAAAGCUGCUCUGGAGGAAGAAAUAAAAUCAAAGGUGGACCAGGUCCAGGACAUAGUUACUGGGAACCCUACAGUCAUCAAGAUGGUCGUCAGCUUCAACAGAGGUGCCCGUGGACAGAACACACUGCGCCAGCUUCUGGCUCCGGUGGUGAAAGAGAUCAUCGAUGACAAAUCCCUGAUCAUCAACACAAGCCCCGUCGAGGUGUACAAGGCCUGGGUGAACCAACUAGAAACACAGACUGGAGAAGCCAGCAACCUGCCUUAUGAUGUGACCACAGAACAAGCUCUGACAUACCCGGAAGUGAAAAACAAACUGGAGGCAUACAUCGAGAACCUGAGAAGGGUCACUGACAAAGUCCUGAGUUCUAUCAUUUCUUCCCUUGAUCUACUGCCUUAUGGAUUGAGGUAUAUAGCCAAAGUACUGAAGAAUUCGAUCCGUGAGAAAUUUCCCGAUGCAACGGAAGAUGAGCUAUUAAAGAUUGUUGGAAAUCUCCUGUACUAUCGGUACAUGAACCCAGCCAUCGUCGCCCCAGACGGCUUUGAUAUCAUCGACAUGACAGCCGGAGGUCAGAUAAAUUCCGACCAGAGGAGAAACUUGGGAUCAGUGGCCAAGGUCCUUCAGCAUGCAGCCUCCAACAAGCUCUUUGAAGGAGAAAAUGAGCAUCUCUCAUCUAUGAACAAUUAUUUAUCAGAGACGUAUCAGGAGUUCAGGAAAUAUUUCAAAGAAGCAUGUAAUGUCCCUGAACCAGAAGAAAAGUUUAAUAUGGAUAAAUACACAGAUGUGGUGACAGUCAGCAAACCAGUCAUUUAUAUUUCAAUUGAAGAAAUCAUCAGCACGCAUUCACUCCUGUUGGAACACCAGGAUGCAAUUGCCCCUGAAAAAAAUGACUUACUGAAUGAACUUUUGGAAUUGCUGGGAGAGGUACCUAAUGUGGAAUCUUUCCUUGGGGAAGGAGCUGUUGACCCCAGUGACCCUGACAAGGUAAACACACUAAGUCAACUUGCAAAGACUGAGAUUUCCCUUUUCCUGACCAGCAAGUACGACAUAGGAGAUGGUGAAGCUAUAGAUGGCCAAAGCCUCAUGAUCAAGACCAAAAAGCUGAUCAUUGAUGUGAUCCGGAACCAACCAGGGAGCACACUGUCAGAAAUCUUAGAGACGCCAGCAAGUACAAAACAGGAGAUAGAUCAUGCCGCAGACAUGGUGAGCCGUGCAGUUUUAGAUUCCAGGACUCCCGAAGACAUGAAGCAUAGCCAGUCUAUGGUUGAAGAUGCACAGCUGCCCCUUGAGCAGAAGAAGAGGAAGAUCCAGAGGAAUCUUCGGACAUUGGAACAGACUGGACAUGUGUCAUCCAAAAAUAAAUACCAAGACAUUCUCAAUGAGAUUGCCAAGGAUAUUCGAAAUCAAAGAAUCCAUCGUCAGCUUCGAAAAGCUGAAUUGGAAAAACUUCAACAGACCCUGAACGCACUUAACAAGAAGGCAGCAUUUUAUGAAGAGCAAAUUAAUUAUUAUGACACCUACAUAAAGACUUGUUUAGACAACUUAAAAAGAAAAAAUACUCGGAGAUCAAUUAAACUUGAUGGAAAAGGAGAACCCAAAGGGACAAAGCGAGCGAAGCCGGUGAGGUACACCGCAGCAAAGCUGCAUGAGAAGGGUGUCCUCCUGGGCGUAGACGAUCUUCAGAUAAACCAGUUUAAAAAUGUUACAUUUGAUAUCUCAUCUACUGAAGAUGUGGGCAUCUUUGAUGUCAGAUCAAAAUUCCUGGGUGUUGAGAUGGAAAAGGUGCAGCUCAAUAUUCAGGAUUUACUUCAGAUGCAGUAUGAAGGAGUAGCUGUGAUGAAAAUGUUUGAUAAGGUUAAAGUGAAUGUAAACCUUCUCAUAUACCUGCUGAACAAGAAAUUCUAUGGGAAGUGAAGUGCCUGAAGAAAUCUCAUGGAUUCUGUAUCACCUGGAUUAGGAAAUGAAUCUGUUUAGUAUUUUUGUUUUUAAACAUGAUUGAAAUCAGUGCUUAUAAACGUGUGAUUUUUCUUUUUUAAGACCAAAACCGUUCUGAAGAAUGUACCCAUGUGCCUUUUUGAUAAUCUGAUACUGCAGUAGAAUGAUACACAAAAUGAAUUAACGUAAACACUGCCACAUUAUACUGUGGUGCAGGUACUCUGAGGUAAAACUUUGGAUAUUCUGUGAUUUGUUUUAAAGUAGGGAGAAAAUAACUUUAGCUGAUUAGGGACAAAUGUGUAAACCUAUUUUCCUAUAAAAAAAAUUUUUUAAUGUCCCAUUUGAAUACUGUAAGUCUUCAUAGAUUUUUUUUUUUGAUCUGUGGAGAAAUGGAACCUGAAUUAUUUGUAAUGAAUUAUUUAGAGAGAUACUUGGUUCUAAGCCCCACCUUCUGGGAGUUAUCGAUUUUAAAGAAAACUUUUGUGCAAUUCAAAGUGAAGUUUUUAUAAGUAAUUGAAAGUGACAGUACAAUAACACUUUCUGUAUAAAAGUAUAUAUUUUAUGUGAUUUAUUCCUACUUAAUGAAGUGCACUACUGCCUCAUGGUAGAGACUCUUGGACCCAGAGCCUCUCAGUGACUAAGGAACAAGGUGGAUAGAGAUCAUAGGCCUCACCCCACCUCCACCCCUCACAAUUUAUUUGAAUAUUUCAAUUGUGCCUCUCAAUGUUUUGUAAUGCAAUAAAAUCAGUAUCUGGAUGGUUUUUAAAUGUAUUCUUUGAAAAUUGUUUUAUGUAAAAUAAAUAUUACUGAAUUACAUUAA